CUAACGUGUUUUUAUAUCAUUUUGCCCAAAAUAGCGUUUUUAUUAAAAUGAGUGCAGACGCAGCCACAAUUCCUUGUCCUGUUUGUUUGCAUAUUGGUACCUUUAAUACGGUCGAAACACUUAAAGAGCGCUUAAUAUUUGUGUCUACCAAUAAGAUUGUGUGUCCCGUUUGUCAAGAAGAGGUGAAUGGGUUGGAUAAAUUAACCAUACAUUUAUUCAGUCACGUGAAUAUUUCUGCAAUUGUACAAGAAGACAGGAGGCAAAAGGACAAUAAACAAGGUACUACCCCAGAAACCCAAGUACCAUCAGAAAAUGUAAAAAAACUAAAACCAUCUAUACCUAAAAAUAAAUCGUAUGCUACACCUGUGAAGUUUGUUAAAAUAUAUCCAAAAUUGCCUGUCGUGGCUUUAAAUACGAUGCCAGUUAUAAACAGCAAUGUGACAAACAACUCCUUAUUAUUAACUACAAUUAAAACUAACAGUCCAAUUGAGACAAAUAAUAAUAAAUGUAAUAUCUGUGGAGUACAAUUUAUAAACGAAGAAAUCUUUAAAAUGCAUAAUAGUAUUAUACAUAACUUAGAGGAUAAAACAACUCAGCCUACAAAAUAUAACUGUCAUCUAUGUUCCAAAUAUUUUAAAAUGCGGGGUUCGCUUAUGGUGCACUUGAGAGUAGCUCAUUAUGGAUUUACACAGAACUUUGAAAGUGACUUAACAGACGCGGGAAAUAAUAAUGUGAACAAGAAAAUUGAAGAAAUUGAGAAACCGAUGACGUGUUGUAGAAAUGAUGGUAAACAGUGGCAAUGUGACGUUUGCAACAAAUAUUUUACAACAAAAUAUUUUUUGAAGAAACAUAAACGGCUACAUACAGGUGAAACCCCCUAUGCCUGUUCGCAGUGCAACAAGACCUUUACAUUUCAACAAUCUUAUCACAAACAUCUCCUUUACCACAAUGAUGACAAACCACACACCUGCACCUACUGUGGUCGUGCUUUUAAAGAAUUAUCUACUUUACAUAACCAUCAGAGAAUACAUACAGGCGAAAAACCGUUUGCCUGUGAAACUUGUGGCAAGUGCUUCCGCCAGAGAGUGUCGUAUUUAGUUCAUAGAAGAAUACAUACAGGGGCUAUGCCUUAUAAAUGUACCGCAUGUGAUAAAAGUUUUAGGUAUAAAGUUUCUCAAAGGACACACAAGUGUCCAUCGCAACCACCAGGAACAGUAAUAAGGAAAUCGUGCGAAUUAGUUGAAAAAUUAAAAAAAACUAAACGCUCACCCAUGUCGAGUCCCAAGUCGCAAAAUGAAUCUAUACACAAUUCUUACCCAGAAGUGUCUGAAGCUAAUGCUGAAUUGGUCCGCACAGGGGCUCAAUUAUCAUUAGAAGAUAUGGAAUCAGAAAAUUUCAGUAUAAUAUCUGAUAAUAUUGUUGGAAAUUCACACGGAAUUAACAUGUUGAAUAAUAUAGCAUCAAUUAGUCAUAAGAAGCAAGGAAAAAGCAAUUCAUAUAAUUCUGAAAUCGAUGAGCUGAUAGAAUCAAUACCAGUGCAAGUUAAAAAUAUUCCUUCCCCCUCUGAUAUAUUAAAAAAUCUUUGCCUUACAAAUGAGGAGGAUUACUUAAGUAUUCUUGAUUAAACCUUAAUUAAAUUA